AUGGACAGUGUUGGUAUCACCAAGGCCUCUACGCAACUCGGAAUCAACGCAGGUAUCAAGACGGAAGCCUUGGUCAUGAACGUCACACUAUCCUUCUUCAUCGAUAAGUUGGGAAGACGACCAAUUUACAUGGUCUCCACGGUUGGAACUUUUAUUGUUUUCAAUGCAUGGACCAUCGUUUCAGCACGGUAUGCAAUCGCCGCGAACCAGGCGCUUGGAUACAUUUUUGUGGUCCUGACGAUUUUGUACGGAGUAUUCUACGAUGUCAAAUCUGGCCUGAUUGCAACCUACAGCACCGAAAUUCUUCCCUACGGCCUUCGCGCUAAGGGAUUUACCUGGCUGAAUUUUUGUGUCACAGCGGCACUCUUCUUCAAUCAGUACAUUAAUGCAAUUGCUCUCGAUGCAAUUGGUUGGAAGUAUUACAUUGUCUACUGUGUCUUCCUCGGGGUGGAGGUGUUUGUUAUCUAUACCUUCCUGAUCGAGACCCGUUACACUCCCAUGGAGGAAAUCGCCAAGUACUUCGACGGCGACGACACAGUUGAUGUUGGUGAGAUUGCUGUCACGGACAUGAAGGAGCAAGCCAGGGAUACAGAGGGCAAGUCAGCUACUGUCCAUGUUGAAGGGACGGAGUAG